AUGCGCACGUACGACGACUCCUUCUCGGGCCAGAGAAUCUACCCUGGCAAGGGUAAGCUCUACGUCCGUGGCGACAGCAAGAUCUUCCGAUUCCAGAACAGCAAGUCGCAGUCCCUCUUCCUCCAGCGCAAGAACCCCCGCCGCAUUGCCUGGACUGUUCUCUACCGCCGCCAACACCGCAAGGGUAUCUCCGAGGAAGUUGCCAAGAAGCGCACCCGGAGAACCGUCAAGGCGCAGCGUGCCAUCGUCGGUGCUUCCCUCGAUGUGAUCAAGGAGAGGCGCAACCAGCGUCCGGAGGCCCGCUCGGCGGCCCGCGCUGCUGCCAUCCAGGAGGGCAAGGAGAAGAAGGCGGCGGAUGCCAGCGCGAAGAAGGCCGAGAAGGCCAAGCUCGCCGCGGCGGGUAAGGGCCAGACUGCCCGGAUCGCCAGCAAGCAGGGAUCCAAGGGUGCGGCACCCAAGGUUCAGGCCAGGACCCGUUAA